UCUUCUCUUCUCGCCUCGACGCCUCGUCGCCACCGCGCCGCAGUCAACUCCCCCCCGCACCAACGCAUUUCCGCGAACACCUCACGCGCGCAUCCAUGGCGGCCGCGCCGCGGUGAGCUGACGGAAGCACGGCGCGUCCCCCAUGGCGGCGCGGCGCUUGGUGGCGGUGGCGGCGGUGGUGGUGGUGCUUGCCGUCGCUGUGGAGGUGGAGGCGCAGGAGAGGCUGGCGUCGGCGUCGGAUUUGGCCGGGCUGCUCAGCCUGCGCGCGUCGCUGGGGCUGCGGGCGAGGGAGUGGCCGGCGAGGGCGGACCCGUGCGCGCGGUGGGCUGGGGUCACCUGCCGCGGGGGCCGCGUCGUCGGGGUCAGCGUCGCCGGGUUCCGCCGCACCCGGGUCGGCGCCCGGGCGCCGAGGUUCGCGGUCGACGGGGUGAGGAACCUCACGGCGCUGGAGCUCUUCAAUGCGUCCGGGUUCGCGCUUCCGGGGGAGAUGCCGGCGUGGUUCGGGAGCGGCCUCCCGCCGUCGCUCGCCGUGCUCGACCUCCGCUCCGCCGAGGUCAAUGGCACGCUCCCCGCCGAUCUUGGCGUGUCCGGGAACCUGACGAGCUUGCUCCUCUCGGGGAAUGGCCUGUCUGGCCCGGUGCCGGGGUCGCUGCUGUCCAUCAGAGGGCUUCGCUUUCUGGACCUCUCCGGCAACAAUUUCACCGGCGGGCUGCCCAAUGUCACUGCCAUCAACGGUGAUGGAGCCGCCUCGUUGUUCAACAUUUCCGGCAAUUCUUUGUAUGGUGUGGUCAGCGAUGCCAUUGGGGCCCUCAAGGGGAGGUUCCAGAUGGUGGACCUAUCAAGCAACUACUUUGAUGGGGUUUGGAAUGUGUCUGAUGGAAAUGUAGAUGUUAGGAUGAAUUGCUUCUCUGGUGUGCCAGAUCAGCGCAACCGUGCUGAUUGUGAAGAGUUCUAUAGGAGGGUAGGGGUGGGGCUUGUUGAUGCUCUGGCACCCGCAGCUUCGCCACAGACAUCACCGGAGCCGAUGAAGAAGAAGAGUCGGAUAUCCAAGGGUUUAUUGAUUGGAGUUAUUGCAGCCGCGGCAACGCUGAUGGUUGUGUUUUUCUGUGCAUUGGUAUUCUGUUUGGCAAGGCAUAAGAAGGCGGGAAGAACAGGCGGGCGUGGGAGAGGGGUCGAUACAAAUGAGGAAAGCACACGCGGCGUGCGUAGGAGGGAUAGUAGUGUAAAUCCGGUGACAUCAUCACCCGUAGCAGUGUCAUCAAGAGCCAAUUCUGGACAUAAGGAUGCGGUUGUCGUUUCUGGUGAGUUCAACUAUGAGCAGUUGGUCCAUGCCACAGGUGGGUUUGGAGAUGACAACCUCCUCAAGCAUGGCCACUCGGGAGAUAUUUACCAUGGCGUGUUUGAGAAUGGAUCCCACAUUGUUGUGAAGAAGGUCAAUACACAGAGCAUCAGCAAUCAUGCGAGUGAAUUGGACUUCUAUAGAAGGUAUUCACAUGAGAGGAUUGUUCCGUUACUCGGACAUUUGUCAAGGGAUGAAGAGGAAUUUCUGGCUUACAAGUAUAUGCCUAAGGGGGACUUGACUAAUGCAUUGCACAAGAAACCUGUGGACACAGAAGAUAGCUUGCCAUCAUUGGAUUGGAUAACAAGACUGAAGAUUGCAACAGGUGUAGCUGAGGCGAUGUGCUUCCUUCACGAUGAGUGUCGCCCACCAUUAGUUCACAGAGAUAUCCAAGCAAGUAGUGUUCUUCUUGACGAUAAAUUUGAAGUGCGACUUGGGAGUAUGAGUGAUGUAUGUGCACAGCAAAGUGGGGGAAGCCAGAAUGUCUUCUCUCGUUUGUUGAGAUCAUCAAGGUCUCUUGACAAGAACACAUCAGGUCCACCAGCAACUUGUUCUUAUGAUGUUUACUGCUUUGGAAAGGUGAUGCUUGAGCUAGUAACAGGCAACUUUGGUGUAAGUGGAUCAAACGAUGCUGCCUCCGAAGAGUGGAUGACAAACACCCUCAACCGCAUCGACAUGAAUGACAAGGAGAGCAUCUCCAGGAUCAUUGACCCUCUGCUCAUUGUCGACGAGGACCAUCUCGAAGAGGUGUGGGCGGUGGCAAUUGUCGCAAAGACAUGUCUGAAUUCAAAGGCAUCAAGGCGGCCCUCUGCUCGCUAUGUCCUGAAAGCCCUGGAGAACCCGCUGAAGAUUCUGAGGAUGGCGUCCCGCUCCAAUUCAGCAAGGCUCAGGAGCUCAUCAUCCCGGAGCUCCUGGCAGUCUGCUUUCCUUCAAGGAAACCGGUACCAGAGCCUCGAAACCGCAUCGUCGUCAGGGCAAAUUCUGGACCGGAAACACUCAGCCAGAUCACAUGGAAGUGGGGGAGAGACCUCCUUCUCCUUCAAGAGAGCCUCUCGGGAGAUCGCUCCAGAGCCAGAAGGUUUCGAGGAGAAUGUUUUUGUGUAGGACUGAAAUUACACGAUUCAUUCGAAGAAUUCGUGAUUCUUUCA